AUGAUCGCUAACAUUACUGACAGCGCCCAUUGGGGCCUAGGCCGUCACUUCUUCUACUUGUCCGAUAAUGAAAAACUACACGCCAUGAAAUGGGAUUUCACCUCCCAGCCCAUUGCUGUCGCGUCGGCCAUGGUGUCUCGAACAGGCAUGAUGUGGUUCCUGCUGACCUGCUUCGCGGCGAGUGAUCGCAGGAUCAGAAUGUCAAUCAUCGUCUGCGCGGUCAUCCAAGUAGUCGCCAAUAUGAUUACCAUUGCGCAAAUCAUCGUUCAAUGUGGACCCAAUCCAUACCGCACGGCCGAUCGCAUCCAAUAUUUCCAUUAUAUGUGGACACCACUUCCAGAAGAUGGUUCAGUGCAGUGUCAAUCGCCCAUGGUGCAAACUACCGUUGGGUUUGUCCAGGGAGGCUUCAACACCCUCAUUGAUUUCUUCUUGGCUGCUUUGGCUGCCAUGGAACUCUGGCAGUUCUUUCUUCGAACUUUACACCGCGAUCCCAAUAUCUCUUUCUGGUCCCAAUUCCGCAAGAUCAACAGCACCGUUCGUUCGCGUCGCAUUUGGCAGACCAUCACCUUGAGUGGCCCACUACUACUUUCAGGCGUGGCAUCGAUUAUAAAAACCUAUAAACUCAAGUCACUAGGCGAUCGAUUAGAUUUCACCUACAAUAUCGUCUCCUUCGUACUCUGGGUAAAAAUCGAGAACUACAGCAUCCUCCUUGCAUCCUGUGCCCCCGUCGCCCGUCUCUUCCUCCGGGCCGUUGUCGAUUCCCGCCGCGGUGGCCGACCAGGAUACUGGUCACGCUCCAAGUCCGCAAAUAACCAAAACAACAGUGCCGAUACGGAGAUGAAACGCAAGCCCAAAGAUCAAUGGGACUCGACGACCGUGACGGGGUGGCAAGAUGAGGAGAAUUGCCCGACAGAUUGGCCGACUCAUGAGCGGUCGGAGAGUCGGAUUUCCCGGGCUCAGCAGCCGGAUCACAUUGAUGAUGGCUGUGUUACGGUGAAGACGGAUAUCGUGGUUCAGGUGGGGAAAAGUCGGCCAAGAUCGACUUCCUCGGGUGGCACCCGAUUACUUCCUCCUACUAGUGAGGAUGGGGACUCACAUGAUUCUGGAUUUAUCUAA